ACAACAGCCGGCUAAAACCAUGAUCCAAUAAUAAUACUGAAAUAAUACCGUGAGAGGAUAUUAUUCCGGUGAUUCUGUGAAAAAAGAAUGGAGAAAUCGAAGAUCGGGAGAAGAUUUGAGGGGAAAGUAGCCAUCGUUACAGCUUCAACUCAAGGCAUCGGUUUCAGUAUUGCAGAACGCCUCGGCCUUGAAGGCGCAUCGCUUGUCAUCUCUUCUCGCAGACAGAGAAACGUUGACGAGGCGGUGAAAAAGCUCGAAGCACAAGGAAUCGACGUGUUGGGGUUGGUAUGCCAUGUUUCUAAUGCUCAACAAAGAAAAGAUCUCAUUGAACAGACGGUUCAGAAAUAUGGGAAAAUAGACGUGGUAGUGUCCAAUGCCGCCGCAAACCCAUCAGUGGACGCCAUUCUCGACACCGAAGAAUCAACUCUUGAUAAGCUUUGGGAAAUCAAUGUCAAAACCUCCAUAUUGCUUCUUAAGGAUGCAUCCCCUCACUUAACCAAAGGUUCAUCUAUUGUUUUCAUAUCUUCUAUAAGUGCGUACCAACCCCCGCCCGCCAUGGCCAUGUACGGUGUCACAAAGACCGCUCUUCUUGGUCUUACCAAGGCGCUUGCAACUGAGAUGGCCCCACAUACUCGUGUGAACUGUGUUGCACCAGGGACCGUACCCACACGCUUUGCAAGUUUCAUCACUGAUAAUGAUACUAUAUUUGUGUUGUCAGAGAAACUCAAUUAUGGAAAAGACACCGCUGAAGAGGCUUGGGACGCCGGAAGAUAUGGCGGCAGCCACCGCCUUCUUGGCAUCUGAUGAAGCUUCGUAUAUAACCGGCGAGACGAUUGUGGUUGCUGGAGGAAUGACCUCUAGGCUGUAGAUAAACCAUGCAAGAAGCAAAAGUUUAAACAUGGUCAUGGUCUGUUGUUAGUUUAGUUAUUACCUAAAAGAAGUAAUAAAUAUGUUUUACAUUUUAGAUUGGAUAGUUAUUAGUUCAAAACUGUCCUUAAGACA